GCACUCGCGCGUCGUGCCCUCGCAGUCGCAGUCGAUCCGUAAACACGCGCGCGCGCCUCAACCGCCGCCAUCGACGCAGCCGUACGCGAUAACGAGUGCUCCUGCACGGCACCGCCACCGAUACACUCGUACCGCUCGCGCGUCCGUCACACACGCGCCGCGCGCUCGCUUGUCCCCGAUCGGUUUCGUUCGCGGCGUUCGGUUCCCGGCACGGCCGUUUCGUGUUCCCGCCGACGCGCAGCCGCAACUCCCGUCCCAACGGCAACGCGUUCCCGGCGGUCGGGCGUAGGAAGGCUCGCGGACCCGGUAACCGGUAACGCGGUCGGCGGUGCGCCGCGCGGAACAUGCGGUAUCUGUUCGCUCGCACGGCCGUCGAACAAACGACGCGGUAGUGGUCGCCGCGCCCGGAACGGUAGUCGUCGCUGUUCGUUGCUGUUCGUCGCCGUCAACGACGGUGACCGUUGGAUAUUCGUCGACGCCGAACGGAGAAAUUUUUUUAUAAAAUAUGCAAAGCAUUAUAUUUGAUUAUGUGGUUUUUCUACUGCUGAUCGGACUGUCGUUCGCGGUAUUGAUAUACAGUAAGAUAUCCGGUCCUAAAGAACAAACGAAAGCGGAUUAUGUAUUCGCGUCGAAGGGGUCGGUGUCGAUGGGAGCGAUGCUCCUGUCCAUCGCACGUGGAUUUCUUGGUGUUAAGGUCUUCCUAGGGUAUCCGUCUGAAUUUUACUAUAGAGGAAGCGGGAUGUGGGAAACGCUAUAUGGAAUGUCUUUAGCGUUUCCUUUAGUCUUGUACUUUUUCCUACCAGUUUAUUUUAACCUCGGAAUCACUUCAGUGUAUCAGUACUUAGACAUGCGGUUCAAAUCAAGACUGGUGAGGAGGCUCGCAUCCGCCACGUACUUCAUAAGGAGCGUACUCAACUUGGGAGUUACGGUCUUCACGCCGUGCGUGGCUUUGAAGACCGUGAUGGGCUUACCGUAUUGGUUUUCGAUAGUACUGAUCACGUCGAUUGCCAUCGUCUUCACGUUGCUGGGAGGAUUACGAUCGGCCAUCCUUGCGGACGCCGUGCAAAGUUUAGUGAUGAUCGGCUGCAGUGUAGUGAUCAUUGUGCACGGGUUCUUCAUAGCCAAGGGUCCUUUGAACGUGUUCAACGUAACCAAGGAACGGGACAGGCUGGACUUUUUCAACUUAGACAUGGACCCCACGAUCCGAGUGUCCACCAUAUCCGCCACGCUCGGUCAGCUCUUCAUGUCACUCUCGAUGUUUGGCUGCCAGCAGAACUUCGUGCAGCGUUACUUCAGCAUGGACUCGCAGAAACAAGUCGAAAAGGCUUUGUGGCUGACCAUUCCGCUGAUGAUAUUCCUCUUCAGCCUCUCGUGGAUAGUCGGCAUGGUGAUAUUCACCGUGUACGCGGAUUGCGAUCCUCGAGCACUUGGAUACAUAUCGGAGAUCGACGAGAUCGUGCCGUUCUACAUUGGUGACAAAUUCUUCUUCCUGCCCGGGUUCAUGGGACUCGUGUUGGCCAGUCUGUUCAACAGCGGUCUAAGUAUACUGGUAUCGAACUUGAAUUCGCUUUCAACGGUAGCCUGGGAAGACUUCAUCUCACAAAUACCUAUUUUCAAGAACACCAGCGAAAAAAAUCAAUUGCGGUGCAUUAAAAUCAUAAGUGUAAUUUCGGGUUUCAUAGUCAUGGGCAUCGCGUUCAUUGUUGCACACUCUUCCGGCGUCAUCGACGCUUCCCAACUCAUGACGUCCGCCACUAGUGGACCUCUGCUGGGCGUUUUCGUCUUGGCAAUGUUCUUCCCGUCGACCAACUGGAAAGGUGCUGCCGCCGGAAUGAUCGCGAGCCAUCUGAUCACUCUGUUUGUGGUGAUCGGAUCGUUAUCGAAUGCCAAAGAGAUCAACUACCUACCGGUGUCCACGGACGGCUGCACGAACACGACGUUCUCAUCGCACAUCGAGCCGUUUUUCGAACAGCAGUACGAGCUGUACAAGACGGGCUCGUUGAACCGAACGUACGCGGACCUAGGCGUUUCCAGUGUCCAAUCAGCGCCCGGUGCCCAAUCGUCCACCACGGGAGACAUACUGACCGCGUUGUACUCGAUAACAUACAUGUACUACUCGUUAAUGGGAACGUUCGUGACGGUGUUCGUCGGUGUCAUAGUCAGCUACGUGACAGGAUCGUCGGCGGAGCGGAGAUCGUGUGCGGCGAGCGACCGACGGAACGCAAGAAAUGUGUAUACGCUUUGUGCGCGUGACCGAACUUCGAAGUUCAGCAACGCUAACGAAGCGGAACAGUCGACGGAACAGGGUGAUCGCAAAGGUUCGGGACGAGCGAGGAUCCGAACCGACCUCCUCAGCAUAGGCCCGAUUGGGGGAGUACGAUAGAGUUUUUAGCACCCCUGAGUUCAAACGUAGCACUCCUGUUUUUAUUCAGAUCUAUAAAAUCUAUAGCAAUCACAGUUGAAUACCGUUUAAAUUUAUUUUCAGUGAUUUGAGCACCGUCAAUAUUUGGGUUCCCAUCACGCCCACGAUCCUCAGGUGGUCGCCCUCGGGGUCAGGUGGCAUUGGUGUACGGUACAGGUUCUUAAUCGGAGGGUCCGCAGGACGGUUGUGAGUUUAUGAUUUAAAUUACCCAAAAAAUAAAUCCAUUUCGAUUGCGUUUUUAAGACAACAAUAAUAACUUCUUUGCCGCAUUCUGCCAAAAUCGGUUGACCAACAAUAUUUUUUUUUAAAUAUCCCGGAUUAGAUCACGAUAAUCUUAUACGCCGUGUAAAGUUAUCGCAAACGUAAAAUAUUGCGUGGCAACACGAUCUAACGACCGCGCUCGAGCGUUUCAUUUGAACACGGAACCCGUACAGUAACUAAAGCUAGGAAUCGAUUGGACAUCCGUGGACGGUACGUACGUUGCUCUGUCCAAUACGGUGGUCCCAGAUUUCAAGGCAAUCAAAAAAACAGCAAGUGUCACGUCGAGUCUUAUUUUUAAACACAAGAAAACUCGAUUAUUCGCAAUAGUUUAAUAUAGUCAUUGUAAAAACAAUAAAAAUAAAAAUAAUAUUUAAUUUUUU